AUGGCAAAGAUGAUGUCUGGUCUGGGCCGCAGUCUUGCGCAGGCCCUUCGAGCCCCUCGAAUCCGAGCACCCGCAUUUCAAUAUGCCCGCUUAGCCUGUGGGAGGUCCCUGCAUACAAGCGCAGCCGUGACUGCAGCAGCUCCGGCGUCGCCCCGUCAUUUUCUUUCCAUCGCGGACGUUUCGCCAGGCGAGCUUGUCGCUUUAGUCACAGCUGCACAACGGGCUAAACAUGCUAUCAAAGGUGGAAAUUCGGUACCAUCGAACCUCCUCGACUCUCUUUCUGGCAAGACCGUCGCUAUAAUGUUUUCAAAACGAAGUACUCGGACGAGGAUAUCAACAGAGGGUGCUGUAGUUUACAUGGGCGGUCAUCCAAUGUUCUUAGGGAAGGAGGACAUACAACUAGGAGUCAAUGAGUCUCUAUACGACACUUCUAAAGUUAUAUCUUCGAUGACUUCGUGCAUUGUCGCUCGUGUAGGACAGCACAAAGAUAUUACUGAGUUGGCGAAGUCGUCCUCCGUUCCAGUGAUCAAUGCUUUAUCCGAUGCAUUCCAUCCUAUGCAGGCAAUUGCAGACAUGCUUACAAUUGCCGAAGCCCGGGAUUCUCAGAAUCUCGCUGGCUUGAAGGUUGCUUGGGUCGGAGAUGCGAACAAUGUUCUCUACGACUUGGCUUUAGCAUGCUCGAAAUUUGGUAUCAAUGUCAGCGCUGCAACCCCUGCCGGCUAUGAUGUUGACCCAAGUGUCUGGAAACUGGUCAAAGAUUCUUGUCGUGAAACUGGCGCUUCGAUUGAGACUGUUCAUGAACCUGAAUUGGCCGUCAAGAACGCCGACUUCAUUGUCACGGAUACAUGGGUUUCUAUGGGCCAGGAAGAAGAAAAGCUCAAAAGAUUAAAGGACUUUGCAGGGUUCCAGAUCACCAACGAAUUGGCCUCUAGGGGUGGGGCAAAACCGGACUGGAAAUUUAUGCAUUGUUUACCUCGAAAGCCAGAAGAGGUCAGCGACGAAGUCUUUUAUAGUCCGAGGUCCCUUGUGUUUAAUGAAGCAGAGAACAGGUUAUAUGCUGCCAUAGCUGCCCUUGAAGCAUUCGUUGUUGAUGAGGGUAACAUACUGGUAUAA